CAGAAGGUUUGGUGAAUCUUUUAAUGGUUGUGUAAUAAUGUAAGUAGAAAUCUUAAUACUGUCACGAGUUUGGAGGAAUGCAACGGUUAAUGGAAAAUUGCCUAUGCACGGCUAUAUAUAAGGCCUUCCAAAUUUCAGUCCACACACCAAUUAACAAAAUAAUUCUUUUAUUUCUUGGUAAAAAUUCUGCUUCAAAGGUCACUUUAUAUGUUGCUUCUAUUCAAACGAAAAUUUCCCACUAUCUUAGUAAACAGUUGCUCAAGACCUUUGUGUUUAAACUCAUAUUUAUUCAUAUUUACAUUAGUAAAAUUUGCUGUAUGAAUCCUAGCAUAACAUAGGGACAACAAAAGCCCUUCUAAUGAUUUUGAAUUUAACUUGUUUCAGUAUCAUCCAAGGAUAGUUUGGAAAGACUCAAAUCCUGACUGAAGUUACUUCUUUCUAGAACAAAUAGUGUUUCUGUUAAAGAUCGUUCCGUACCUUUCUAAAAAACCGAUCAUUGUUUACCAACCACACAUUGUCUAGCACGUAUUUUGAGUCUCGCGUGUCUACCAUUUCACCACCAAGGCAUCUUCAAAGUGAAUCAUAUUCUAUGAAUAUGAUAUCUAUCUAGUUUGAUGUAUUCCAUAACCAUCUGAAAAUUUGAUGGAGUUUUAAUGCGUUGAAUGCUAAAACAUUUCUGUAUUUAGGAUCGAAAUAUAACUGCAUACAACUUAUAUAUGCUGAAAAGAUAAAUAAAGAAGCUUUUCAGUACUAGACUAACUAAGUAAACAGCCAUGUGCUCUUUCAUAUCCAAGGCAUCCCCUACAAAGUUGAGGGCAUCUAUCAAUAACUUUAUUAAGGAGUGGAUAACUUUUGACGAUCCGUUCUUGUCCCUGCAUCUGAUACAUGGGCGUCGUUUUAUUUGUUGCUGGCAACAUCUAUAAUCUCAGUAUAUCAGAGUGCUUUCUUUUUCAUAUACCAGUUUCUUUACUGUCUAGUGAAUAUAUUUGGAAAAUGCACAUGCAUGUAUGUUUGUUUUCCAGUUUGCGUUCAGAUUAAUUUGGGCUCUAAGAGAAUCUCUGUUUGUACAAACUCCUAUGUUUUUAGAGUCUUAAGUUAUGGUUGCACAAAAUCAUGUCCCAGAUAUACCUUCAAAUCAGGGUCGGCCAUGAUAUUUUGGGUGGCCUUAUGCAAACUUCAAAUAUGGGGCCCAAUGAAUAUUAAGCCCGUAUUUGAUAGAGAUUAAAAUAAUCUUUUGAUUAAAGUUGAGGGAAUGUAUAGUUGAAAAGUUGUAGGUUUUAUGAAAUGUGUGGUUAAAAUUAAUUGUUGACUUUGACUUAGAAAACAAUUAAAUACAAUUAAAAAAUAAUUAAACAUAAUCAGGAAAUUUGGAAGACAAAUACAAGGUUUAAACUCCAGUACAAACAUAAAAAAAAAAACGGAAAAAAGAAUAAUAUGUGGCUCCGAAAAAUCCCAAACCAAAUUACAUAAUACAUAGAGAAGCAUUAGUUGGGAAGAUAAAUGGUCAAAUUAAUUAUAUAUACUAUAUAGAGAAAGCAAUGACUGUGAUAUAUUUAUGAGAUAUAUAAAUGCAUGUGAUAAAUUUUAUGCCAUUUAUAUGAUUUUUUUUAGAUAUGUUUGUAUUUUCAAAUUUUAUUAGUUUCUCGUGUUUGCAUAUGAUAAUUCUAAUUUAAAGAAUUUCGUAAUUAUCAUUUUCAUUUUUCUCCAACUGAUCAAUUAAUCGUACAUAAUUUGGAGCUCUCAUCAAAGCGGGCCUUCGGCUAUCGCCUUUGAUGCCUAUAGUUAGGGCCAGCCCUGCUUCAAAUGCUCAAAAAGCUGUGCAGGAUGGUGAUAAAAUCAGAAGACGGAAAAGAGUUGGGCUCUUUCAAUUUCAAAGAUGAAGAUGAAAGUCAAGAAGUGCGUGCUAUAGAGAGAAAAGUUUUAUUGGAAGCUCUUGCUAACCAGUUACCAUCAGAUGCAAUUUCUUUUUCCUCAAAGCUGUCAUAUAUUGAAAGAGGUGACAAAGGAGAAACCUUGCUAAAACUCAAGGAUGGUACUCAAAUGUCUGCUAAGAUUGUGAUUGCCUGUGAUGGGAUACGAUCUCCAGUGGCUAAGUGGAUGGGGUUUCCAGAGCCUAGAUAUGUGGGGCAUAUUGCUUUUCGUGGCCUCGGAUUUUACCCUGAAGGACAACCAUUUGAGCAGAAAGUGAUUUACACCUAUGGAAGAGGUGUGCGUGCUGGUUAUGUGCCAGUUUCUCCAACAAAGGUUUACUGGUUUAUCAUCAACAACAGCCCAACACCAGGCCCAAAGAUCACAGAUCCAUCUUUGUUGAGGCAAAUAACCAAGGAACUUCUUGGUAACUGGUCAACUGAGCUCUUGAAUAUAAUGAAAUCUACACCAGAUGACAGGAUCAUAAGAACCCCACUGGUAGAUCGGUGGCCGUGGCCUGGAAUCAGCCCUCCUGCAUCAACUGGGGCGGUUGUGCUCGUUGGCGAUGCAUGGCAUCCGAUGACACCCAAUCUUGGGCAAGGAGCGUGCUGUGCUUUGGAAGAUGCAGUCGUUUUGGCAAAAAAACUUGCACAAGCAAUCAACCUUGGAACCAUGUCAAUCGAAGAUGCAUUCACGUCUUAUGGACGAGAAAGGUGGCCUCGUAUCUUUCCAUUAUCUGUACGUGCAAAUCUUGUUGGAGCUUUCUUACAGUCUGAUAAUCCUUUGGUAUGUUUUAUUCGUAACAACAUUGUUGUUCCUAAGCUGGUUAGAGGUGGACCAAUGUUGGAACAUGCGAAUUUUGAAUUUGAGUCUCUAUAUUAACACUAAAUCCCUCAAAAACAAGAUUGUGAGGAAUUUCAGUAACACUUGUGGUCUUGUGCUAGGUGUUACAUUGUGUGUCUAUUUACCUAUUCCCUCCGUUGCCGCCGAUCUACAUGCAUCAAGUCACCUUAAUAUUCUUACCCCUACUAUUUAGAGUUAACCCCCUUUUUUAGAAUAAUAGAAUAUUAGAGUUGUCGUACUUGGUAUUAGGUUUUAAUGUUGGGUUGUGUGUCCAUGUAUUGUAAUUUUGACUUUUUUGAUAAUAAAUAAAUCGUGAUUUUUAUUUA